GGGAACGGAUAUUAUUCUGAACUUGGAGUCCAGCAGCGUCUGCUCCAGUCAGUGACAGUGUGUUUCCGUGCAGCGAGCAGAUCCACAGCCUGACAGAUGCAGCAGCAGAACGACGACAUGGAGGGGUCCAUGGAGUCCCCGAACCUGGAGUUUGAAUAUGGGGACACGGAUGGCUUCACUGCAGAACUCUCAGAGCUGUACAGCUACACAGAGGAGCCAGAGUUCAGUCUAAACAGGGAUUACUUUGAGGAAGACUUCAAGAAUCAUGUGAAGGGCCGGAGGUGGAUGGAGUUGAGUAUGGAGGAGCAGAGGGCAUAUGUCAUGAGACUGCUGGAUGCUCUGGAGGUCACCGAUCGAGACAAGAGGCUCAAAGUAGCCCGAGCUAUCCUCUAUUUGGCACAAGGUGUGUUUGAUGAGUGUGACACAGAAACAGACGUCCUCUACUGGUCGCGACACAACGUCUUCCUCCUCUACGACAUGGGCAUCUUCACGGCUCUGCUGGAGCUCCUCAGCAUGGAGAUAGAUAAUAACCAGGCCUGCAGCAGUGCAGUGAGAAAACCAGCCAUUUCUCUGGCAGACAGCACUGAACUCAGGGUUCUUCUGAGCAUCAUGUAUCUGAUGGUUGAGACCAUUCGUGUGGAAAUGGAGGGUGACAGUCCUGAGAGGAAGGCAGCCAGAGAGGCCUUCAAAACAGAGUUGGGUUCACCCCUUUAUAACGGAGAGCCCUUUGCGCUUCUCCUCUUCACCAUGGUAACCAAGUUCUGCAGCAUGAAUGCGCCCCAUUUCCCCAUGAAGAAAGUGCUGCUCUUACUGUGGAAGACCAUACUGUUCACUCUGGGAGGUUUCGAGGAGCUGCUGGAGAUGAAGGUGAGAAUGAGAGAUCAUUUGAACCUGCCACCGCUCCCUGAAGACAGCAUCAAGGUGGUGCGAAACAUGCGGGCCGCCUCUCCUCCAGCCUCGGCCAUGGAGCUCAUCGAGCAACAGCAACAGCAGAAGAGAGGACGCAGGAGCCGUCGGAGUACCUUUGUUGAUAGCUUGGAAGGAGACAGUCCAUAUGCCAAGAAACAGCCCCUGGUCAAGCAGGACAGCCUAGACACUUACAACGAACGGGACCCUUUCAAAAACGAUGAUGCGCGGGAUGAUGAAGAUGACCCAGAGGAUGUGGACAGUGGCAUCGAGGGAGAGGUCGACCCUCUCGACAGAGAUGUUAUUAUUCAACCACCACCACCACUUCAGCCGCCAACGGAGAGAGUGUCCUUCCCCAAGGGACUGCCAUGGGCUCCCAAAGUCAGGGAGAAAGACAUCGAGCACUUUCUGGAGACCAGCAGAAAUAAAUUUAUCGGCUUUACCUUGGGAAAUGACACUGACACUUUGGUUGGGCUACCCAGGCCCAUACAUGAGAGUGUAAAGACUUUGAAACAGCACAAGUAUGUCUCCAUAGCGGAGGUCCAGAUCAAGAGAGAGGAGGAGCUGCAGCAGUGUCCCAUGACUAUGGGGGAGGAGGAAGUGGAAGAAGCACCUGCAGAGAUUCUAUAUUUGGGAAUGUUGCCUAGUCUCUCUCAGUAUGUAAUUGCUCUAUUGAAGCUCCUUCUGGCUGCAGCUCCCACCUCCAAAGCAAAGACAGACUCUAUCAACAUCCUAGCCGAUGUUCUGCCGGAGGAGAUGCCAAUCACUGUCCUCCAGAGCAUGAAGCUGGGCAUUGAUGUGAACAGACACAAGGAGAUUAUCGUCAAAGCGAUUUCAGCUCUUCUGCUACUGCUGCUCAAACACUUCAAACUCAACCACAUAUACCAGUUUGAAUAUGUGGCUCAGCACCUGGUGUUUGCCAACUGCAUCCCACUCAUCCUCAAAUUCUUCAACCAGAACAUUAUGUCUUACAUCAGUGCCAAAAACAGCAUUUGUGCCCUGGAUUACCCUCAUUGUGUGGUUCAUGAAAUGCCUGAACUCACAGCUGAAAGCCUGGAAGCUGGUGACAGUAAUCAGUUUUGCUGGCGUAAUCUCUUCUCCUGCAUCAAUUUACUGAGGAUCCUAAACAAAAUUACCAAGUGGAAACACUCAAGAACUAUGAUGCUUGUGGUGUUCAAGUCUGCUCCCAUCCUGAAGAGGGCGCUCAAGGUCAAACAGGCCAUGAUGCAGCUCUACGUCCUCAAACUCCUCAAGAUACAGACCAAGUAUCUGGGCCGCCAGUGGAGAAAGAGUAACAUGAAAACCAUGUCUGCCAUCUACCAGAAAGUCAGACAUCGUCUCAAUGACGACUGGGCAUAUGGAAAUGAUAUCGAUGCUCGGCCAUGGGAUUUCCAGGCAGAGGAGUGUGCACUACGCGAGAGCAUCGAGAAAUUCAAUGCUCGUCGUUAUGAUAAGAAUCAGAACAGUGAGUUUACACCAGUAGACAACUGCCUCCAAAGCGUUUUAGGACAGCGAGUCGACUUGCCCGAAGACUUUCAUUACAGCUAUGAGAUGUGGCUGGAAAGAGAGGUUUUCUCCCAACCUAUUCAGUGGGAAGGUCUGCUACAAGCUCAGUGAUCCUGCUGUGAUUAUUAUGGGACUUCUGCUUCUUAUUAAACCGACACAAUUGCUGUGGGAUCACACACAUACUCAAAGCACAGAGGGUCUGCCGUUCUUGUUCUGUAAUGAAUUCUUGUAUGUAGAUAUGAAUAUGGAAUGGUGGUCUUCCUUAUUAUGUGUAAAAGCAUCUGGUUCUUUGGGUAAAAAAAUACAUGCAUAUCUGUAUAUGGAAUGAAAGAAUGAUAUAUCUUCUGUAAUAACUGAAGCACACUUAUGUAUGUAUAAUAACUGCAGAAUACAGUAUUCUAACAUACAUACCAUUCUGAAAUGAUCAAGAUUUAUUUAUAUGGUCACUCACUGUGGAAAUGUUUAAUAUUUAUGUAAAUAUGAACACUUCAUGAGGUUGUGAGGCAGGGUCUUUCUCAAAAAGUGGUUGUGUGGAGCUGAUGUUUCAAAAAAUCUUUUAUUUAUUUUUCCCUGUAGCAUCAUGUGUUAAACAGGAGGGUGUCUAGUUCUGGAGAAAGCUGCGAGUCACCAGUUUUUGUCCCCACGUUGCACUGCAUAUCACACAAAAGAGCCCUGAGCAGCACAAUACACACAUUCAAAGUGUCCUUGGUGACCGUCACGUCACCCACACGAAGCAUGUCGCUCACUAAAUGGUGCUGUUUUUUUACACUUUAUUUUAUCUCCUUGUUAAUUGCAUCCUUCUCUUCUGAAAUUAUAUGGUCUUGCAAAGCACUGUAUGAAAUAGUUGUGCUCUCUCCAUCUAAACAGUGUCAUAUACGGCACCUCACUGUUCACUCGUGCUUGUUUUACAGGGUUUGUCUUGCAAUAUAAUUUCUUAUUUUUUUAUAUUCUCAUGAUUUUGUACUAAAUUAAGGUGCUGUGUAAAUUGAACUACCUAUAUGAUCCAUGCCAAAUACAGCACCAUCACUUUUUAAAAAAAAAUAUGUUUACUGAUUUAUUGUACAGACUGCACUGUAAGUGAAUGUGGAAAAUUUAUGUAGUUGAGUCUUUAAUAAAUUAUAAAGAGAGUUGAUGAGCAUAA